AUGGAACCUCUCGAUGGCGAGCAUGCAACUUCGGUCUGUACGUCAAUGUCUAUGGUCUUGCUCGUAUUCGCCUUCAUCUCUAUUGUCCUCUAUCUACUAGUCUCCCACAUUCGGCAAAGCUCACAACCACAUAUGAAGAAUAGCCUUUCUUUACCCCCAGGACCGCCUCGAUUGCCAAUUUUCGGCAAUUUCUUCAAUGCGCCAGAGAUUUGCUUCAACUGGUUAACCCAUUAUCAAUGGAAGUACUUGUACGGACCAAUCGUGCAUUAUGAAAAGGGAGGCCAGUCUUACAUCGUCCUGACCACGGUCGAGGCGGCUCACGAUCUUUUGAACAAGCGAGCAAGCAAUUAUUCAGGACGCACAUUCAGUCCUUACGCAGGAGAGCUCGUUUGUAACAACUACAACAUUCUCUUUCUACAAUACGAGACCCAGUUCCGGCUCCAUCAACGGCUCCAUGCUAAGGGACUCAACCCUCGCUCCGUGGCGCCGUACCAUCCUCUGAUAGAGUUGGAAUCGCUUCAGCUGCUGAACGAUCUACUGUCAGAGAUUCAAGAGAAAAGCGGCGAGAAGCAAAUAGGAGCUGCUGUGAACCCUCACUGGCACUUCCGACGCGCAGCAUCCAGCAAUGUCAGCAUGAUAGCUUGGGGCUAUCGGCUACUUAGGGGCAAUCCCGAGCAUGAAGCACAAAUCAAAUUCUUCGACGUCGCCCCAACCUCGGUAGUCUUGAAGACUACGCAAACAUGGUACGAUAUCUUCCCUUGGCUGAAACAUCUUCCUUACGCCAUUUCUCCGUGGAAACGGGCAGCAAAGGUCCUGUUCGAGCGCGAGGAGGCUCAUUACUUGGGCAAUUUUCGUAGCGCACUGGAAAGACCUGGUUAUAACCUGAGCAAACAAAUUGCCAACAGCACUGAUGUUUCGGAUGCGGGCAUGUGCGAGACCGAGCAGGCGUGGGUUGUUGGAACGUUGACCUUAGCCAAUGGUGAUACCAGCGUCGCCACUCUGUGCUGGUUCGUCGUUGCCAUGUUGACGUAUCCGCAUGUCUUUGGCAAGGUUCAGGACAUGAUCGAUAAAGUCGUUGGUCAUGAUCGCUUGCCUGUUUUCGAAGACCGGGAGAAGCUGCCAUACGUCGACGCGAUGAUCGAGGAAGUCAUGCGGUGGCGCCCUAUCCUACCAGCUGGGCUGGAUCAUGCGGCCGUUGAGGAAGAUGAGUACAAGGGAUAUAGAAUCCCGGCAGGAGCGACGAUCAUUCACUCACAAUGGGCGAUUACGCGAGACAAAGAGGUGUAUGGCGCGGACUGCGACGACUUCAGACCGGAGAGAUGGAUCGAGAACGAAGACCUACCCAGGACCGCCUUUGGAUACGGAAGGCGACUUUGCCCAGGCAGGCAUGUAGGCAGAGAAGGCCUGUGGAUAUUAUUUGCCCGGCUCAUUUGGGCAUUUCGUCUUGAGCAGACGACGGAUCCGGUCACACUGAAGAAGAAAGUGGUUGAUCCAAUGUCCAUGAUGCCGGCGGGCUUCGUUAUUGGGCCAAAUCCUUUUGAAGCUUUGUUCAUCCCUAGGGGUCCAUGGGUUGAAGCCCUCGUACAUCAAGAUCUUCAAAGUGCAGAGAAGAAUGUUGGAAAGAUCAUGGAGCAGGUGGACACAGAUAAGAGGCUUUAG